GCAGUUGGAGAACGGGCAGUCUCGCUGUCAUAUAAAUUCGUUGUAAAUAAUCUCAAUCAAGAGGAUAUGAGCGACAACGAGAAGGAUUUCGUUGAGCGGGUCGCGUUCCCACCGGAGCUCCCGCCGGCACUAUUCCCGCUCCCGCUCCCGCUCGCACCGCCGCCGCUCCCGGAGCCGCUCCUACAGCGGGGAAUACCGGCGCCGACGCAGCCGCAGCCACACCCACUCGCCCAUGUCCAACCGCCGCCGCCACAUCGGCAACAGGUAGGUUUGACAAGUGUGCACCCAUCGCAUGAAAAUUGGUCUCCACCAUCCUGCUUAAAGGCAAACCCAGAUCCCAACUGCUGCCUGGGUGUGUUCGGUCUCAGCUUGUACACCACGGAGAGGGAUCUGAGGGAGGUGUUCUCCAAAUACGGCCCCAUUUCCGACGUCAGCAUCGUGUACGAUCAGCAGUCCCGGCGCUCCAGGGGCUUCGCGUUCGUCUACUUUGAGAACAGAGAGGAUUCCAAAGAGGCUAAGGAGCGUGCCAAUGGAAUGGAGUUGGAUGGCCGAAGGAUCAGAGUCGACUUCUUAAUCACAAAAAGACCUCACACCCCCACGCCUGGAAUCUACAUGGGCCGCCCCAACAUAGCAAACCCAGAUCCCAACUGCUGCCUGGGUGUGUUCGGUCUCAGCUUGUACACCACGGAGAGGGAUCUGAGGGAGGUGUUCUCCAAAUACGGCCCCAUUUCCGACGUCAGCAUCGUGUACGAUCAGCAGUCCCGGCGCUCCAGGGGCUUCGCGUUCGUCUACUUUGAGAACAGAGAGGAUUCCAAAGAGGCUAAGGAGCGUGCCAAUGGAAUGGAGUUGGAUGGCCGAAGGAUCAGAGUCGACUUCUUAAUCACAAAAAGACCUCACACCCCCACGCCUGGAAUCUACAUGGGCCGCCCCAACAUAGCAAACCCAGAUCCCAACUGCUGCCUGGGUGUGUUCGGUCUCAGCUUGUACACCACGGAGAGGGAUCUGAGGGAGGUGUUCUCCAAAUACGGCCCCAUUUCCGACGUCAGCAUCGUGUACGAUCAGCAGUCCCGGCGCUCCAGGGGCUUCGCGUUCGUCUACUUUGAGAACAGAGAGGAUUCCAAAGAGGCUGAGGAGCGUGCCAAUGGAAUGGAGUUGGAUGGCCGAAGGAUCAGAGUCGACUUCUUAAUCACAAAAAGACCUCACACCCCCACGCCUGGAAUCUACAUGGGCCGCCCAACAUAUGGCGGAGGUGCAGGAGGCCCCAGUGUUAGCCGGCGCUACUCGCGGGAUUACUACGACAGAGGGUAUGACCGGGGCUAUGAUCGCUACGACGAUCGGGACUACUACAGAUCUUACCGGCGCCGGUCCCCCUCUCCAUACUACAGUCGAGGGGCCUACAGGUCCAGAUCCCGAUCACGCUCAUACUCCCCCCGUCAUUACUGAAGAGCUGAACAUUUGGAACGCUCGUCACUGAAAAUGACUGGGAUUGGUGGGGAUGGGAGGGGGGCGGGGUGGGAGUGGUCUGGGUAAGGAUAAUUUUUUGUUUGAGUUAAGUUUGUGUCCCUGACAAACAUGGCCUUUUUGCCCCAGGUGUAGCUGUGCUGUGCUUAUCGAACUGAAUACCUUGUGCUGUAUUUUGCCCCAUUUUUUAAAUUUGUAAAUGUAUGCAAGUACCAUGUUUUGUUGAAGUUGAGCUCCUGUUUGGCUGGUAAGACUGCAGAGCUCUAGUCCACUUCAGUGUGAUUUUAAGUUGGCAGUAUUCAAUAAACUGCUUAUUUACACUA